AUGACAGUGAAUUCCGCAUUAUUGGAUCCUGGAGGCAAGGAAGGAUAUGGUGAGGACGGAAGUCAACGUGUGUUGGCGAUGGCAAUCUUUGAGAAUUCCAAAAUGAACUUGGUGGCCAUUGUGAUCCUGUCCCGGAGGAAGUGUGGUCUCUCCCGAUGCAUCACUCUCUACCUGCUUGCCAUGGCAGUGGGAGACCUGAUGGUGGUGAUAUUUGAUGUGAUUUUCUAUCGGAUCGGUUAUCUCUAUUUCCCAGGUUCCUUUCUGAACUUAACUACCGUGUGUCGCGCCAAUAUCUUCCUCCUCACUGUGUCCACAGAAUGUUCCGUUUGGUUCACAGUGGCUUUCACGUUUGACCGUUUUGUCGCUAUCUGCCGUCAAAAACUGAGGAAGAGAUAUUGUAGUGAGAAAACGGCGACCAGGGUUCUUGGGGCACUUCUGAUUGUAAACUGUUUGAAAGGCACGGCGACACAUUUUGUAUUUGGGGCACAGUAUGAGAUUAACGGCGUGUCCUGGGGUUGUGUCCUGAAUCCCAGCUUUCGUUCUUCUCUCGGAUGGAAAGUAUAUACGUUUAUCUUCUAUAUUUGGAAUCCGUCACUCCCUUUUCUGUUAAUUCUGCUCUGCAACGCUCUGACUGUUCGCUACAUUUUAGCGGCCAGUUUAGUGCAGAAAAGGUUGCGAAACCAGGUGAACGCUGAGCAGAGUAAAGACACCGAGCUGGAGAGCAGGAAGAAAUCUGUCAUUUUGCUCCUCACCGUGUCGGGCAGUUUUAUUUUGCUCUGGAUGACCUAUUUUGUAAACGGCAUUUAUGGGCGUAUUACAGUGAAAUAUUAUUACACGAGCUUGGAGGAUCCGCUCUUUAUCGCACAACAGGUGGGGAUUAUGCUCCAACUGCUUAGUUGCGGCACAAACACAUGUAUUUAUGUAGUGAGUCAACGGAAGUUCAGAGAGGAGCUGAAAAGGGGCGUCACAUUCCCUCUCACUCUGUUUCUCAAGAUGCUCAAUAAAGCAAACCGCUGA